UGAAGCCACAGUUGCCUUGGAAUUUAGGAGAGAAGGACCCUCGAAACCACCCAUCAUGGACCUCAAAGCGCUGGCUGUGAUAACCCUGCUGACGGCGGUUAUGUACACCCAAGUGUCACAUGGAAAGCCCAUCAGCCUGGUGGAGAGGUGCUGGUGCCGUUCCACCCACAACACCGUCCCGCAGAGGAGCAUCCGAGAGCUGAAAUUCCUGCAGACGCCCAACUGCCCCUUCCAAGUCAUUGCCAAACUGAAGAGCAACAGAGAGGUCUGCAUUAACCCAGAGACAAAAUGGCUGCAGCAAUAUCUGAAGAAUGCUCUUAACAAGUAAGGAGAAACCCUUCUUGACAAGAUGAAGAGAAGCAAGAGACGGCCUAAUUAAGGACCCAGCAGAUACGCACCCUGGCCAUACCCCCCCACACCCCACAUCCCCUCCCUCCCAGGAAGCUUGCUGAGCCAGCACUUACCUGCCAGACAUGCAUGCUUAUCCAGCAUUCAACCAGCCAGCAGCUCACCCCACUGAAGCGGACACUUUUCUCUCCUUGUGCAAUUCUAUGAAGUGUGAGUGAGACUUUUUACACGUGUGUGCGUCUGUGCGAGUGGUUAUACGUCUAGUUUGUAUAAAGUAUUUUUUUAAAACUAAAAGCAGUAAAGAGAGACUGAAGUUUCCACGUGUCUCUUUCCGUCCUGACGUGCUGAGAGGGGUUGUGCAGACGGAAUGGGAUCGCGGAACGCCCGCGCACGUACCCCGUCUGGCCGCGUAUGGGGGUGCUAAGAGAAUGACUGGUUUCACACUUGCGUCACGCCUUACAACCACAGUGCGCUUUUUCUUCUUCUGGCAGACUCGACGCUUUACCGCGUACUCCUGUCUUGCAAAACGAGGCUAAAGUUCUACCAUUUGGGUCACCUGACACCUUUUAGCAAAGAUACGGCGUCAGCACUGCUAAAGCAAGCCAUACAGAAAUCAGCGGACCUCUGUUUAAGCAGCAUUGUAAGGUUUAUCUGCAUCUCGUACUUCAUUCAUACAGCAGGGCCCGUGGUGUUAGGAGUCUGUAUUUUGAGUUUGUAAUCCUAUGCAUGUUUUCAAAAAAUGCAUUGAAAAGUGGGAACUAAUUCCUCCUCACAAUCUGAAGGUUAAAAUUUGAAAUCUUUGGGAUUGUUAUGUUGGAUCAGCUGAUGCUGGCUGCAUUAGAUUUAGUCACAUCUGGAUUUCUUAUGUAUUUCCACAAAGACAAGUGAUGGGAUAAGAAACUAUUCAGAACAAUGGUUGAGGAAUUAAGAGCAACAAAUCUACUUUACAUACAGAACUUUAGUCCUACAUGAUACAUGGCUCCUAGAUACCAAAGAACAGUCAAUAAAAGUUACCUGAAAUAGACAAGGACCAAAUAAUGUCUCAUUUGAAAGUAAUUUCUAAUUCAGCCUGUUUGUAAUAACAAAACAUUUGGGCAUUUAACAUGACAUACAAAGCGGUUUUAGCAACGAUGUCGAACAUACCCACAUUUCCUUUUCUGACUGUAAUGCACUUUAUACACUCAGUAUAUUUUUUAUCAUUUGACAAGGGAAUUUGUGUUCACUAUAGAAAAUACAACAUGUUAAUUUCAAAUGUAAUUCCAAUUUGGCAAUGAUUUCAUACACUGAAAUAUUUUUUUGCCAUUUACAUUUUGUAAUGGAUAAUUGUAUUGUGUAUCUCUAUUGUAAUGUUUAUUGACAUACUUUAAAUAUGAAACAAACUUCCCUCAGUAUUCCUUCAGGUUUUAGCUGGUUUAAUUUGCAACAAAUAAUGCUCUAUUUUAUUAUUAUUUUUAUUUUUGAAAAAAAAUGAAUUGAAUCAGUACAAAAUGAAGGUGCUCCCAGAAUGUACUUUAUUACACAUCAGUAUAUGUAUAUUAUAAAAUGUAAUUACUAUUUUUUUUUAAUCAACUGUAACCAUUUGAAAUUAGGAUAUACCACGGCUGUUUAUUACAUGAAUAUACAAUGCUAAGCCUGGUGCUGUUUCCAUACUCAACACAGUUGAGUUUGAAUAGUUUAAACAAAAACAGAUUGCAUUUUCCAUUUGUAAUAAAGAUCUUCAAGACUAAAUGACUUCUGACAAGUAAAGUGCACUGGAGUUCAUUAAGGCAUUAACUUUGGACAUUGUUUCUUUAGCUGUAAAUCAUCUGUCUCUCCUCAAACUAUAUAAUACUAAUAAUAUCACUGUCUAAGUAAACUCACUGCAAAGUGAAGUAAUUUUCUAUUCAUUAAAACAAAUGCCUCAUGCUUAGUCAAUUAAUCUCAAGCCUGCUUACUGUUCUGUGUUGUGAGGGGAAAUCAUACCAUUUAACUAUUGAGUGUUGUUCUGUUCGCAAUUUUCAGGGAUAACUGCAUUUUCUUAAAUUCAUAGAAUGGCAAGCAUAUUAAAGAAAUCAGGCUGUUUUCUAGCAGGCCACGUGCAAUCACACACCAUGAGGUUAAACAUCCAGCAACAUGACUUUGUGUAACAGCAGACAAGAUCUUCUCUACUUUCAGACUCCUCUAAUUAUAUAGGAAGUUGACCAUAAAAUAUAGUUGAGUGAAAGGCCAUGGUAUAAUCUUUAGCUCUGGUUACAUCUUUAACUGUCAUUUUUUGAAUGCUGGGAUACUAAUGAGCAAAAGAUGUGUUGACUUGUUAUCCAGGUAUGCAUUUAAUCAGUUGUUAAGUUUGUUUGCAUAACAUUAGAGAGGAAACUGGUCACAUAAUUAUAUUAUAGUACAGAAGUACCAAAGGACCAUAACAGUCUAUCAGCAUUUGUCCAAUGGUUGGAUUUUCCUUUUACACAUUGAAGAGAGUGUAAUUUGUGUAGAACUGUCCAGCUGCUACUGGCAAUGGGCUGAGCUACACACUUUGAAGAACACCAUUGUAAACUGCCUGUAUGUGGCAGUAGUGUGGGAACAUUUCUCAGAGAGCUGUGAAGUGUUGUGCAUGUUUUAUUCAUGUGACAUCGGUGUCGUGUAUGUAUGUCUCCCUGGCUGUAGAGAAUCCACACAGUAAAAACACCUACACGGUUUCCUUGUAUACCAAUUUGUGUAUCAGUGUAUGCUUUAUCUGUGUAUGUUUUUUAUGCUUUUCCCUCUCAAUGUGAAGAAAACACUCUGUAAGGCAGCUUACCGGAGACUAUAUUUCACUGUUUGUAUUCCAAAUUGCAUUAAUACAUUUCCUUUUUAUUUCACUUAAUUUUUCAAUAAAUAUAAGAAAACCCUCA